UCUCCUUCUCUCAAACCCUCGUCACCUACCUGCGUGGCGCCUCUGCUCCACCGGACCACCUCUCUAGCCCUCGUCACCGCCGCGCGCAGCGCCUCUCCUCCACCUCUCUAGCCCUCGUCACUUCAAUUUCAUCCUCUCACAAGCCUCAUGCCUGCGAAAAUCUCAACCCGAACUUCUGCAACCUAAGGUUAGACGAAGCUUCGCCACCAAAAAUCUAGUUCGGCCGUAUCCAGGCAUGUCGAGAGGUGUCCAAUCGUAUGAGAGGGUGUCGGAUACGGUGUCCGACCGUGUCGACGGCGUAUCCGUGUCGGACACCGGCACGACAUCGGUACGUCGGCAGUUUUGCCGUGUCCGUGCUUCCCAGAUUAUACCCCGGGUAAUUGGACCUGAAAUGCCAUCUCGUGAAUUGUUGGCUGCAGCUGCUGAAUUGACACAAGCAGAGGCUACGCUGAGGGAAGCAGAAGUUGAUGAUUUAUUUAUAGGCCCUCCUCCACCUACUAUUGUUGCUGAAGCUGAAUCAACAAAUGAAGCUGAGAGGUUUGAAGAGGUGUCACGAAUUGCUGGGGUUGAGGUUGAUAAACCAUAUGAUGUGCUUGCGGUGAAUUGGAAAAUGUCAUUUGAUAACAUAAAAAAGAGGUAUUGGAAAUUAUCUUUGAUGGUUCAUCCCGACAAAUGCUCCCACCCGCAAGCACACCAGGCUUUUGUGAUAUUGAACCAAGCUUUGAAAGACCUUCAGGAUCCUGACAAGAGAAAAGCCAUUGAUGAGAAGAUCAAAAUUAAAGAAGACCAAGAACAGUUUGAGGCUGAGCUGAAAGAACUAAGGGAAGCUGCUAGAUGGAGACAAUCACAAGGUAUAAGCCUUGAAGGAGAUGAAGAACUUCUGGCAGUAGUAAAAGAAGCUCCCAAAAGAGAUGAAUGGAUGACAACAUUGCCUCCUGAGAGGAAACCGGGAAUGCCGCCUAGGCAGUCUACAUCAUUUAGCAAAACAGGCAAAGAAGGACGAGGUGAUACUAGUGUGUGGACCGACUCCCCAGUGACAGAGCAGAAAAAAAGAAAGCUGAACUAUCUAGAAGCUUACAACAAAGCCAAAGCAAUUUCUGACGUGGAUGGUGAGAACAGCAAAAGAAGCUCAAAUGCUAGUUUGGUUGAUGAAUAUAAUGCUUCCAAGCGAUCUGUCUCUCUUCUCCAAAAGCAUCGAGCAAAGGGCAAACGACCGAAAAAGAAAUCAAAGCAGACCGAGAAAGAAGAAUGGGUUGGUGCACACCCUUGGAAACCAUGGGACCGUGAGAACGAUUUGUCAGCAGGUCGGAAAAAGGUCGAUUUGGAUUCGAAGAGCAUGGGUCAGGGUUUGACCUCGCGCUUCUCAUCUGGCCCCACACAAAGGAACUUCUUGUGAGCGAGUUCAUUGCAGAUAUGUUGUUGAUCACUGCAACUCCUGAGUUUUGACGGGAGAGUUGUGAAUGCUUUACGCUCUCAUAAAUUCCUGUCUUCAUUCUCUGAAUUAAUUUGCCAUGUUUUUCUUUUCCUUUUGGCCCUGUUGAAAUCACUGACUUUGUAUUUUAGAAGAAAUAGAAGUUAAAUUGCAUAA